UUUGCGACAGCCGCCGAGCCGCUGCCGUACCCGGCGAUGCUCGUCAAGGGCUCCGUCUACGAGGCGUCCGCCGCAGGGCGGGUCGCCAGCCGCGCCACCUCCGGCCCGCCGCCCGCUGUCAGCCCCACCUUCGAGCUACCGGCGGCGCCGGCCGCGCCGGCCGCGCCGGCGGCGCAGCAGGCGCAGCAGGUGAUGCUGGUGGCGGUGCCGCCGGGGGUGUACCCGGGCAUGCAGCUGCUCGUGGCGGCGCCGUCCGGAGGGCAGGUGCAGGUGACGGUGCCGCAGGGCGUCGGGCCAGGCUCGCAGCUGCAGGUCGCCAUCCCCGCCGUCGCGAGCUCGUCGCGCGGCUCGAGCGCGCCGCCGCCGCCGCCGCCGCCGCCGCCCGCCAACCCGGCCGCGACGGCGCCGUACCGCCCGCCAGCCCAGAAGCAGUACACCUACGCGCGCGGCGACCGGAAGUACUACCUCGACCAGCAGCAGUCGGGCUUCGGCGGGCUGGGAGGGUACCACCAUUACCAGACGUACCGCCGCGACACCGCGCUGAUGGCGCACCGGCCGUACCACUACCGCCACUACGCGCAUUCGUACUACUACCACGACCCCUUCUUCUGGGGGCUGCCGUACUACGGCUACCCAGGCUUCUACUGCUACGGCUGGAACCACCACCAUUGCGGCUACUACGGCGGGUACCACGAACACCACCACCACCACCACCACCACGGCGAGGGCGAGGGCGAGGGCGAGGGCGGCGCCGACGACGCCGAGGGCGACGUCGGCGGCGACGAGGCUGUGGCGGACCCGGUCGGCGACGGCUUUGGCGAGGAUACCGUCCUCGAGCCGACCGCGGACGACCUUGCCGAGGACGCCGACGCCGACGCCGACAUCGACGCCGGCGUGGGCGACGAGGCUGACGCGGUCGACAUGUACGCCGGCGCUGGCCCGCGCGACUUGCCCGACGGCGGGCCGAUGGGCGGAGGCGGCAGCGGGAGGGUGGCUGCCCUCGCAGCCUCAGAGCGGCGUCGCUUCGAAGAGGUUGCCGCCGCCGCCGCUGCCGCCGCCGCUGCUGCACGCGACGGCGGCGCGUGGCUGUCGAUCGAGCGGCAGUGGGCUCGGCGCAAGGCCGAGGCGGAGGACAGCUUCUUCGGCCGGAUGACGCCGCUGGCCUACGCGACGGUGCAGGGCUGGCUCGCGCCGCCGGAGGGCGAUAUGUCCGCGCGCGUCACCCUCGUGACGCAGUGCUCGCUCGACCGGCUCCCCCGCCUGCGCGCAACGCUCGAGGCGUGGCGCGGCCCCGCGUCGGUCGCGGUCUACAUCGACGCGCCGCGCGGUUCGGCCGCCGCCGCCGAGCGCGAGGCGGCGCUGGCGCAAGAGCGUCGCCACCUCCCCGCCGCCGUCUACACGCAGCUCUCGAUCUCGCUGCUGUACGCGCGCGGCGGCGGCAUGGCGGAGGGCGGCGCCGAGCCGGGCUCAGCCGAGGAGUACGAUUCGCUCUACCCGAUCAACGCGCUGCGCAACCUCGCCGCUGGCGAGGCGCGCACCGAGCUCGUCUUCCUCCUCGACGUCGAUUUCGUGCCCUCCGCAGGCUUGCUGCGCGAGCUGCAGCAGCAGCGGCCGGCGCUGCUCGACACGCUCGCCGCCUCGCGCACCGCGCUCGUCGUGCCGGCCUUCGAGGUCGACGCCGCCGCGCCGAUGCCGCGCGUGCAGUCGUCGCUCUCUGCGCUGCUGCGGCGCGGCGCCGCCUCCUCCUUCCACGAGGCUCACUUCCGCCACGGGCACGGCCCCACCGACGCGGCGCGCUGGGCGACCGCUUCGGCGCCGUACGAGGUCGCCUUCGAGGAGUACUACGAGCCGUACAUCAUCGCCUCGCGCGCGUGGCUGCCAAAUUACGACGAGCGCUUCCGCGGCUACGGCAUGAACAAGGUGCAGCACCUGCGCGCCGUCGCCGCCGCCGGCGCGCGCUUCGUCGUGCUGCCCCUCCACUUUGCCGCCGCGCAUGAGCACGCGAAGUCGGCAGCUUGGACCCGUACCCUCGGCCCAGCCGCCCACCCAAUGCACAAGAUGCGCAUCGCCGCGCUCUACGCACGCUUCAAGGCCGACGCGCCCCCGCUGCCGCCGCCGCCGCCGCCGCACACCCGCGCGCCGCUCGCCGCCACGCCGAGCGGUCCGGCCGAGACGGCACGGUCCGCCAAGAAGCACCGGGGCGACGAGGGCGGCGACGGCGCGGGCGCCGACGGAUCGCCCGCCAAGCGGGCAUGCUUGCCCGCCCGCCCGCCCGCCCGCCGCCCCGCACGCCCUCGCGGCAGGCAGGCCGUGCGGUCCGCCGCGUGAGGGCGCGCCCCGUGAGGCGGCGGCCGAGUGUCUCACAGAGAACUCAAUGUAUGAUCUCACUUACAAGGUCCGCCUCUCACACCCUCGCUGUCUGCGAUGUGAGCUUCUGAGCACUUGAGCACUGGAUAGGGUCGAUUCCGCGUGGUACGGGACCCCUCGAUCGUCUCGCCCUCCCUCUCUGGCGUGUUCAUUGGGGGGGGUCAUUAACAAACACGGUACAGGAUCGAGGUGCACGCUGCCGAAGCAGUGUCGUCCCCCCUCUCCCCGACGGCGAUGGCGGUGUGACCGAUCGAGGCAUCGAGCUACAAGAGGAGCUUGUUCAGCAGGAUCCGGG